CGCGUCCACCUAUUUACACCGUGCUGUGAGUCCGCUGUCGUUCAUUUACUGAAGUUUUCCCUGUUUUUGGCUAAAUGAAUGUAGUUGAAGUCAUUGAAGAAUGUCGAACAAAGCAGCUCGAGUCGCUGAACAUUAGUCACCGCGGUCUGGUGCUGCUGCCAGCUGGAGUUUCCAAACUGAUACGUUUGAAAAGGCUGUUUGUGAAUGGCAACCACCUCAUUUUACCUCCUGAUGAGAUUCUACAGCUCGAAAUGCUUGAGGAGCUGGUCCUGGAUGGAAACCAACUAACUAUGCUUCCUUCUGCCAUGGGGACACUGAAGCACCUGACAUACCUGGGAGUGAGCCGCAACCCUUUAUCACUUCUCCCUGAGGCCUUGGGGGAGCUGAAGGAGCUCAGAGAGCUUUGGGCUGUGGACUGUAGCCUUGUUUCUAUACCUUCGUCCAUUGGGAAACUCACUAAGCUCUGUAAACUUGGUCUAAAUAACAAUUCAAUCUCGACCUUGCCACCACAGCUUGGGAACCUCGGAAGUCUACGUUGGUUGAACUUGGCAGAUAAUAGACUACAUGAUGUACCAGAGGAUUUGAACCAUUUACAGUCCUUAGUCUUCAUCAAUUUGAAUAAGAAUGGCUUUGGACACAUCCCCAGACCACUCACAGAAAUGCAGAGUCUUCAAGUUCUGCUUAUGAAGUUUAACAGUAUUACCUCACUGGAGGAUGACUUAAUCCUUGGUUUCAGCAGGCUUCUAAAACUCGACCUCAGACAGAACCCGUUACAGGUCAGACCACAUCACUGGAAGGUAAACGCCAGUACCUGCAUAACACGCAGUGAUUUUGUGAAUAUGCACGUGUGGAUUUUUAAAAAUAUUUGCAAACUUGAAGAGAUUUUGAUCUUGUAAUUCACACCGUUCGUUUUUCAAGUUUGUGAGAUGAUUGUUGUCUUUACUUUCUCUUUAUUUGCAGGGCUUGGAUUUCAUAUUGUUAGGUACCAUAGAAGGAACUGCAGAAGAUGGUAUAUGAUAAAUGUGCAAUGCAGCUGAAUUGCCUGGUUUGACAUUCAUAUGACAGCCCAGAAGAGGAACCUCAGUUAAUGAGUUAUGAUGCACAUGUAAAAUACAAAAGAGCCACUUUAUUGUGGAAGGUCAUAUGGAGUUUUGUGUGGGACUUUACUGAUGGGUUGUUUUAUUUAGUAGGUUUUCUGAAAAGCCUCUUUCAGCAUCUUAAAGGGGAACUCCUUCAUUGAGAGGUAAGCAGUCGUUCAGAGGGGUUUGUUGAGAAGUGGUUAAUUGCAGAGAAUCUUGCUGACUCAGAAUUCUUAAUAGUAGUGGUGAUAGGGACCAGGAUGUCUACAAUACAACACAAAUAUAGCCACUGAAAAAAAAAAAUACGGCAAAAUUGUGGUAAAUCUAGAGGUGAAAAAGUAACUGCCUUGUGGUGGCCUACAUGCACGUCUGGUUAGUCUCCACCAUGACUGUAAAUUUAAAGAAUGCAUUUUAGGCCAAGAUCUUCAUAGAAGCAUUAAACGCUUCUGAUGUCUGGUUCCUAUCACCACCACUUUGAACAGUUCUGACUUGGUGGGUAUUUUUAGAAUGCCACAUUAUUAAUCAAACCACUCUGACUUAGUUUGCAUCUAAAUAUUUGAAAUAUUCCCAUUUUUGAGCUUUUGAACUUUUGUUUUUCCAGCAUUAGGACCUGUGUAGUAUUGAACUGAAGUAACCUUUGUAUUUUGGAGUAUGGCAUAGUUUCAUUUGAGUUUGAAAAGAAGGAAGUCAAACAUUAUGUUCCCAGAUUUGACCUGUCAGUCAAAACUAUAAGACCCAAAACCACUAGAUGGUGCUGUAAUUCAUGACAUUGUCACGUCUGCCUGGGGCAACCAGACAGACAUUGUGCCUUCAUAAUAAUGGUGUCAGCAGAUUCUGCAGCAAAUGAUUACACUCUUAAGCAGAAAGGCUGUCUGCUGUGAGAUAUUAUGACCAUGUGAUGCUUGACACCAUCAACAUUUGUGCAAAGUUGCACAAUUUCAGACUGUUUCAGUAGACCACCUAUAUGUUCUCCAAUCCCAUCCUGCAAUUUUAACACCCUGCACCCUUCAUUUAUGUAAUUUCCAAGCAAAGCAGCCAUUGGAGACAAACCAUUCAUUUUUCAGAAGAUUAGAUAUUAGAUAUAAGAUUAGGCAUAAGAUAAUCCACUUGAAUAAGGAAGGAGAAAGUCAAAGAAAAAAAACAGAAGUUUCCAAAACUGGAGUUCAAAAAAUGAGAAAACGGGGCUCCUAACAACCACCUGGGAGACCUGGGAGACAUCAAAAACGGUGCCCAUCAGAUAAACAGCACUUAAUGCUUUCAUCUCUGAGAAAGAGGAGAAAAUCAAGCUGCUUCAGAUCUGAAAACAUCCACAGGUGUUUCUGUCCAUCCUGCCACUGUGAGAAGACCAC